UUGUAAACACACGGAUUUCCGGAGCAGACAGCAAUGAAAAGGAAACUAAUGAAUACCUAUGGAUUAUAUUGCUAACUUCUGCUCCUCCUAUUUAUGUUCUGUUUUCGGUUUACUUCUGCUUGUUUUUGAAGUUUCCUGUUCCCAGUUCAUUGGAGCAGAUGAACUGUCAGCAACUCUGAAUCACUUUGAGGUUUUACACUCCCUUGAUGUCAGACAUAGAACGAAACGUUAUGUUGACCCAGAAAAAACAGAUGAUUUCCACCAAGUAUGGAUACCCGCAUUUGGAAAACAAUUUCACUUGUCGAUGAAGAAGUCCAUGAUUCUGUCCCAUGACUUCCGUACUACGUUGAUCGACAGAGAUGGGUCAAGUCAGGACUUCCUCAGAAGUUCCUAUGACUUCUACUCUGGAACACUACAUGGUGAGAAGGAUACACAAGUCAAUGUUUACUGGGAGGAUGGGCUACUCACGGCAAGCAUUGUCACUGCUGAAGAGGUCUACUUUGUGGAGCCUGCCCGGAGAUACAUGUCGACUGCCCUCAAUCACACCUUGAUUGUCUAUAGGAAGUCUGACCUGAAGGUAGCACAGGAUCCCUGGGAUGGAAUGAUGAGCAAUUUGAAGACUCCUUGUAAAUACCAAAGGAACACAACUGUGAUGCAGAAUAUGCAACAGAAUCAGGAACAGAAAGGUCCUGAUCGUUGGAAGCGGGCUGUGGAUUUUGGAAAUCGUAAAUACUGCAGAAUUAUUUUGGUGGCAGACCAUUAUUUUCAUGAGAAUAUCGGUCGUGGUUCUAUCCUUGCUACCCAGAAUUACAUGAUUGGUGUACUGGACAGAGUGAACUCUAUAUACCAAACCACCAGCUGGCCAGAUGACUCAGGUGUUACUGGACUCGGGUUUGAAAUCAGCAAGAUAAUCAUCCACCUUGAGCCUUCAGAAGGAGACCACUACAACCAGGCCAACAGACAGACAGAUAUGGGCGACACACUAGAUAUUUUUAGCUCCGAGUUUUUCCUAAACGGUGCCUGUCUGGUCCAUCUAUUUACGUACUCAGCGUUCCAGCAAGACCUCGGUCUCGCCUUUAUAGCGUCCUGGCGGAGCGGUGACUUUGGUGGUAUAUGCUCCCCUAUGAGCUAUGCUGAUAAGAUGGCGGGUAACACAGGCUUAACAUCCUUGAGAAACAGGGUGGGAAAUACAGUGCUGACACUGCAGUCCACUAUCAUCACUGCUCACGAAUUGGGUCAUAACUGGGGAAGUGGUCAUGACAACACAGACAGCCCUGAGUGUAGCGAUUUCUACAUCAUGUAUCCUACCUCACAGGAGGGCACUCAAUCAAACAAUGUGGUAUGUAUAGAGGGGAGUACUCAUCAAUUAAUGUGGUAUAAAGAGAGGGGUCACUCACUCAAACAAUGUGGUAUGUAGAAAGGGGGCACUCAUCAAUUAAUGUGGUAUGUAGAGAGAUGGGCACUAAUCAAUUAAUGUGGUAUAAAGAGAAGGGUCACUCACUCAAACGAUGUGGUAUGUAAAGAGGGGGCACUCACUCAAACAAUGUGGUAUUUAUAGAGGGAAGCACACAUCAAUUAAUGUGGUAUGUAUAGAGGGGGCACUCAUCAAUUAAUUUGGUAUAUAGA